UCUAUAUUUUAUAUUUAUGAAAGUGAAAAAUAUAUUAAUAAUUAAUCCUUGUAAACAAUUUAGUUUUCUGCGUUGCAUGUCCGAAUCAGGAACAUAGCGUGAUAAAGUAUGGCUUCUCAGAUCCUCAGACGAACACUCGGAAGCCGCUAUUUCGCAAACCAUAGGCCCUUCUCUUCCGUUUCAACUCCGAUCCGCGCCACUCUUUUCCCCGGCGAUGGUAUUGGUCCCGAGAUCGCCGAUUCCGUCAAACAGAUAUUCCAAGCUGCUGAAGCACCAAUAGAAUGGGAAGAGCACUAUGUAGGGACCGAAGUCGACCCUAGAACCCAGAGCUUUCUGACAUGGGAAAGUCUGGAAUCAGUUCGGCGGAAUAAGGUUGGCUUGAAAGGGCCAAUGGCCACCCCUAUUGGAAAAGGGCAUCGUUCAUUAAACCUUACUCUGAGAAAAGAACUAAAUUUAUAUGCCAAUGUUCGACCUUGCUACAGCCUUUCUGGAUACAAAACUCGAUAUGAUAAUGUUGAUCUCGUUACAAUCCGUGAAAAUACAGAAGGCGAGUAUAGUGGACUUGAACAUCAGGUUGUGAGGGGUGUAGUAGAAAGUAUUAAAAUUAUUACACGACAAGCAAGUACAAGGGUGGCUGAGUAUGCUUUUCACUACGCCAAAGCACAUGGAAGAAAGAGGGUGUCUGCUAUACACAAAGCCAAUAUUAUGCAAAAGACGGAUGGUCUUUUCCUCAAGUGUUGCCGUGAAGUUGCAGAGAAGUAUCCUGAUAUAAAGUAUGAGGAAGUUGUCAUUGACAAUUGCUGCAUGAUGCUUGUGAAGAAUCCUGCACUUUUCGAUGUACUGGUGAUGCCUAACCUGUAUGGCGAUAUAAUCAGCGAUCUCUGUGCUGGUUUGAUUGGGGGAUUGGGCUUGACACCAAGCAUUAACAUUGGUGGGGGAGGCAUUGCACUUGCUGAGGCUGUACAUGGUUCAGCACCUGAUAUCGCUGGAAAGAAUUUGGCAAAUCCAACAGCUUUGCUGCUGAGUUCUGUCUCAAUGUUGCGCCAUUUGGAUCUCCAUGACAACGCAGAUCGGAUUCAAAAUGCAAUCCUCAACACAAUUGCAGAAGGGAAGUACCGAACUGCCGAUCUUGGCGGCAUUUCAAAGACAACCGAAUUUACAAAAGCGAUUAUUGACCAUCUUUGAUUUUUUGAGUCAGCAAGAAUUUGUUGAUUAUGAUUUUGUGUCACUAAAUUUUUGCCACCAAAGACAAGGAACAGACAAACAUUCAAAUAUUUGUUGUCUAUCUGAUGGCAUUUGGAGGGGUUCCUUCAAAAUGCACAUCGAUUCAUAACCCUUGCUAGUCCAUUUUAGCAUUCAUUGUCAAUAAUAUAAAGGAUCAAAUGGUGUUUGCUAUUGUGAUUAUCACAUUUUAUUUAUUUAUUAUGCAAGAAGUUGUUUGCUUGCAUUAAUUUUGCAAA